AUGUCUAGCGAGUGCUCCUCUCACCACGAGGAGAGCAGCGCAGCUGACGCUGCGUCUGCGCCCGACUGCUGCGCGGCAGAAGUUUCUGGGGGGGGGCCAGCCCCCCCAGAAGCGGCUGCUGCUGUGUGCGGGGAUGCUGCUGCUGCUGCAGCAGCUGAGGCACAGUCCUUAGAAGAAGCACAGCAGCCAGGGACCUCCCCAGGCCCCACGGAGGAUAGCAGCUCCGAUCAGCCACAGCAGCAGCAGUUGCAUGUCGAUUUGCAGGCGAUGGCUGCAGGCCGUCAACGGGCGCCUGCUGAGCCUGUUGGAGGUGAUUGGAUUCCUGCUGCUGCUGCUGCUGCUGCUGCUGCAGGCCCUGGUGUCGGCGAAUGCCCCCCACAGCUGCAUGCAUUGCUUCCACCGCAGCUGCAGCAGCGCGUCAUGCAGCAGAUGGAGCAGCAACAGCGGCGACUUGGUGGCCUGCAGCUUGACAGUAGUACAGCGCAGUUGCUUGGCGUGGAGUCCUCUCCCUUCACAGCAGAACAGCUCGUGCAGCAGCAGCAGCAGCAGCAGCAACAGCAGCUGCUGAUGCGCCUCUAUGGGCCUACUUGCAUGGCUCCCACAAUCGACAGCGUGGGGCCCGGAGGCGGCAGGUUUGGCCCGCCUCCAGGCCUUGAAGCAAUGGGCGGCCCGAAAAGUGGCUCGCGACCCCCAGCACAGCUGCUGCCGCUGCAGCUGCAGCAGAAGACCAAACGCCAGCAGAUCGGCUUCAGCAGCAGCAGCAGCAGCGGCAGCAGCAGGGGACCCUUCUGCCGAAUGCAGAACGGCCGUCUCUGUUAA